GUAUUCGUUGUAUUAUGACUAUUCGUUAUUCACACUUCGUCGUCCUGAUGUUGCAGCAAUAAUUUCUUUUUUUGCUUGGAUUAUCUCGCUUGAGAUGUGAGGUAGCAUGCUCGAGUGAGCGCGAGAUAAGGCGAUCCGAUUUUGGAGGCCGGUGUUCGUUCUAUCGCACCUGGUCGCAACAUUGCAAUGGUCAUGCCGUUUAUCUCGCGCGAUAAAUUAGGCUGAGGUGAAGGGGGCGAGUAACAUCGUCAAUUGAAACGAGUGCUAGGAUUAUGAAUAAUCGCGCUGCGAUCAUUAAUAUGUACCGAUAGACGUUCGCAUUUUUGCGCUGGUCACUCCACAUCCAUCUCACACCGUCACCGCCACAUUUGAAGCCAGCUAGUUAACAUGGUAUCCUCAUGGUGCUACUUCGUUUUACCGGUGCUCCUGAUCGCCGGACUGCUUCGCAAGUGUCGCGAGCGCACUUGGGGAAGAUGCAAGAGCAACAGUAAUCUGCACGGCGUGGUGUUCCUCGUGACGGGCGCCAAUUCCGGCAUCGGUAAGGAAACGGUGAAGGAACUGGCGAAACGAAACGCCACGGUCAUCAUGGCCUGCAGAAACAUGAAAAGUGCUAAGAACGCGAUUGCUGAAAUACGUAGUAAAAUACCUACUGGCGAAUUAAUUCCAAUGGAGUUAGAUCUUGGAUCCUUCUUGUCAAUCAGAGAAUUUGCCGACAAAGUAUUGAAAGACUUUGCACAGAUUCAUGUGUUAAUUAACAAUGCUGGUGUGUAUGUACCGCUCAAAGAUCGUGCGCUAACGAAAGAUGGGUUUGAGAUUCAUUUUGGGGUAAACCAUUUGGGCCAUUUUCUCCUUACCGAUCUACUUCUAGACCGUCUUAAACAAAGCGCUCCCAGCAGAAUAGUAGUAUUGACAUCCACACGUUUGAAAUUCGGAGAGAUAGACUUUUCAAAUUUAAAUGGUGAGAAAGGAGUGCCAGUAAAAGGCAGAAUGAACCCUGGCUACAAUAAUUCGAAAUUAGCGAAUGCUUAUUUUGCCACUGAGCUUGCCAAACGGACAGAAAAUUCUGGUGUAAAUGUUUAUAUGGUGUGUCCUGGAUUUACCUAUACUGGUUUAUUCAGAAACGUGAAGAGACGUUGGUUUCAUUACAUUAUUUUCUCUCCUAUUGCUCUUAUGUUCCUUCGUACUGCAAAUCAGGGUGCUCAAACAGUACUACAUUGUGCAACUGAAUCCUCAUUGUCCAAAGAAAGUGGCCAUAUGUACCGUGACUGCAAACUAUACGUUUCCAAGCAGGAAUUAGAUCCUAAGAUAGCCCUCCGUCUGUGGAACGUAAGCACGAAAUUGACUGGUAUACAAGAUACGGUGAAAUAAACGACGUUAUUAAGUAUAUAGAUGCGUGUUACCGUGUACCGUCGUAACUUCACUUCUGUCGUGUUCCAAAUGACGAUUUGAUAUUUAUUUUUGUAUUCGAGGGGAAUAAGACAAAACAACGAUGUGGCAUACUCUUAUUUCCAUUUUUAUGUAUUUAAAAAAAGUCAGAAAGACUCUGUUUUUUAUAUGCAUAUAUUUUAACAUAAGAUUUGUGUGUCUUUGAUUUUAAUGUAUGUGUUACGGACAUUUUGAUAAAUGAAUGUAAUUAUGCGUUAUUUGUGAGAUCAUAAGUAAGAUUGCAGAAAGAAUAAGGACCUAUAGACGCCUAAAUCGCAAUUGUUGUUGAACAGAAUCUAGAUAAAUAGAGAAACAGAUAUAAACGCUCCAGAAAGGUACAAAUGAAAGCAAAACUUUUCGGUCCAAUCUGCAGAUUCUUUUCAAUGGCGUGAAACUUAGGCAAUACAAAUUAAAUAGAGGCGCCUUGCUAUCCGAUGCUACAGAAGACAUUAUAAAGGCAAAAGGAAAUCCAAUAAAACAAAUGAGAGAA